CGGUCUUUAAAAUAAUUCUGCUCUCUUGUUCUUUUUCUUUCACUCCACCUUACAAAUUCGAACAGUAUGAGCGAUAUCAAGGAAAUGCUUCAGGAAGCAGCGGCGCAAGUGGUCGAGACACCUCCAUCGCCUGUGCACGAUGAAGCCGAAAAGUCAGAAACGCUCGACGAAAUGCUCACUCGUCAUCGCGAAGAACAACGAGCACUGCAAACGCGAAUCAUCGGUCUUCGCAAAUCAACCCCCAAAAGUGACAAGCGCAAAAAGAGAGAAAUGAAUUCCAAAAUUGCAGACUUGGAAUACGAAUUAAAAACCAAACACGACAGAGAACUCAAUGAACUCAAUGGAAUCAAGGACGACGACGGCCAUAUCGACGAUGGCAUCUCACUGGAAACAUUAAAUCGUUUAUCAGUGGAAGAGGAGCCUGUCGCACCACAACCCACGCCGGCCACUUCGCAGACAACCGCAAAGAAACCGAAUCGACAAAAGCUUCGGAAAGAACGGAAAGAAGCCGAAAUGCAGCGUCUUCGUGACGAAGCUGAGCAAGAAGCUGAAGGCCAAGUCGACAUGGCCGCUGUCGAAAAAUCUGCCAUUGAGGAAUUGCUCGUUCCUAUGCGUCUACAAGUGAAACAGAUUACAGCCGAUGGUCAUUGUCUAUACAAUGCUUUCUCUGAUCAACUGUUGCGAAGAUAUAAGCAAGCCAAUUCCUAUACAGAAUUACGCAAAAUCGCGGCCGACUAUAUGCGAGAGCACCCUGAUGACUUUAUGCCUUUUUUGUAUAAAGACAAUGGUGACAUGUACACGAAAGAGGAUUUUGAUCGAUACUGUGAUGAUGUCGAAAACACCGCGGUUUGGGGUGGUGAGCUUGAGAUCUUGGCCUUGUCUCGCGCGAAACAAGUUCCGGUUCACAUUGUCCAAAUGGGUUCGCCAGUACUAAAAAUCAAUGAGGAGGAAUAUCCCGAUAAAGUUCCUCUGAAAUUAGCAUACCAUAAACAUCUGUACACACUUGGAGCCCAUUACAACUCUCUUGCAGACGCGUAAAAAGCUCAAUCAGCAAUGUGCUCAACGUUUUGGACAGCAACCUCAACCGCUCUAAAAAUAGAAAGCAAAAAAAAAAAAGGAUAUCCUCAAUCGAAUGAUGAGAUCAACCACUUGACCAUCCUUUUGUAUUCUAUCGCAAUAUACAGAAAUUCAUAGAAUGACACACAGAUCAAACUAUUAAUAUGGAAAAUCUAUUAUAGCCAUCGAAUAAAUCCAAAAAGAACGCAGGUAUUUAUCUGUAAUGUGAACUUUGUCAAAGCCUCCAUUUUUGGCUUCCAGUUCCGGGACAAGGAUGAAGAACUCGCGUACUUAUUUUACCAAAUACA